AUGGUUGAUGCUUCCUUGUGAAACAAUGCCAUUUUAUUAUUAAUGGUGCUGUCAAAAUUUCUUCACGAAUAAGCAAGUAAACAUAAUCGGGAAGUUGAUAGAGUAUUUUUCAAUCUAUCAGAAUUUUGCUUUUGGAAAACUAUAUACGUUGAAUUCAGAAUCGUCUGGUACUCGAAUUGUGUUUGUGCUGAAUAGUGAUUGAGAUCGUAUCUUUUUUCUCCCAAUGGAUCUGUUUUGCUAAGUUUGCUAUACCUACACGUUUCUUUCAGAAUUACAUUUACUGGUUUACAUUUCAUUAUCGAAAUAAAGCGUACUAUAAAUGUAGUUGGUGGAUGUAGAUUUGCCGGCCAAAAAUAUCAUCAGAUAUGGCGGCUCAUUUGAAUUCAUUCGUAAACAAAUUGAAAUGAUAUAGUGAUUUGACAUCGAAAUGGAUCCAGUUUUGCAACGUUUCGGAGAUGUAACAAUUCAGAGGGUUGAAAAACCGAGGCCACCGCCUCCACCUUCUGCACCUCAGUUCCAUGAAGCAUCCAUUCUCAAAACAAAAGAUAAGUCUGAAGAUGAAGAGGAGGAAUAUUACACUAGUCUUGAGGAAGAUAGUUUUGAUGAGGAAGAAGAAGCUAUCAAUUUGAAAAGACCACUAGAGAGAACAUUUCCAGUUGAACAAGAAUUACCAGUGAAAAAAUCAAAACAAAGUCCUGUUCAUUCUCGUUUAAAUUUGGGUACGGCAAUUCCUAGUGGGAUAACGAUUGAUAAAAUUUUAGAAAAGAAGCCCCCAGAUGUUUCAAAUAGUUUUAGUGAUGAUGAGAUACCAUCUGAAUUUGGUACUGAUUCAGAGAUGGACUCAGAUGAAGAUCUCAGUAUUCCUGAUCAUGUGCAAGAAAAAACUAGUAUUAAAGAAGAAGAGGAGGAAGAGGCAAAUGAUAGCUCUUUCUUAGAUAAAUUGGUAGACGGGCCAUUUAUGGAGCCAUGUUCAAGUAAAACUCCUGUAUGUACACAAAAUAAAGCAGCAGAAUCAGUUCCUUCAGAAACAGAAGACUAUGAUUAUGACAUAAAAGAAAAAUUGAAGGAGAUGGGGGAAAUUAGUUUUGAAACUGUAAAAAAAGGCGAAAAGCCUAAAAAGGUUGAGGUUAAAGUUGAAAACGAAGUUGUUGUUACGCCUGCCAAGAAACCAGGGGAAAAUGAUGAGAUAGAUCGAAAAACUUUGGCAGCUUCAAAUUUAAGAAGAAAUAUUAGGGAAGUUAUGGAUGAAACUAAAUUAGAUGAAGCUACACUGGCAGCUCAGAGGCUUGAAAUGGAAAGGUUGCAAAGGGUGCAGGAACAACAAAAAUUGUUGAGAGAAUUCCAGAAACAAGCUGCACAAGAAAGAAUGCAAAAUAAAGUUAUAUCUUUACUCCAAGGAAAUAAUUUUUCUAGACCAGGUCCUUCCACAGCUAGAAUAGGAAGUACAGUAUUAGUCAAAUUGCCAAACGGUCAAACUAAAUCGAUGACUCGCUUACCAAAGCGUCCUUUAGAAUUGAUGAGGGUACCAAAAAAUAUUGGACCAACGUCAAUGCCUGCUCCUAGGGCAGGAAAAAGUAUUUUAAGUAUGAAGAGACCGGCAAGUCACCUGACACCCUCAGUGAGCAUUGCUCCUGUACCGGGAAGUAGGAAACUUCCAAUUCCCAUGUCUAAACCUUCUCAUAGUGAUAGUGAAAGUGAAGGGGAAGAAUUUGGAGGCCUUUACUCACGGAAAAGGGGGAAAGAAGGUCAGCCAUCUUCGAACACCACAACGAUAGACAUAUCAUCAGAUGAUGACUGCAUAGUGGUGUCCGAACCUGAAGGUGAGGGUCCUGAAGAAGAAGAUGAGGAUCCUACAAAUUCAGGCAUGCACACCAACGAUGAGUUCAAUACACCUGAUGCCGAAGGCAGGGUACUUAUCAAUGUAGGACAUCCCGAAAACGACCAAGAUAUAUUUUUGGCGCCCCAAAUUGCUAGGAUCAUCAAACCUCAUCAGAUCGGUGGGGUUAGGUUUCUAUACGACAAUGUGAUUGAAAGUACCAGCCGUUUCGACAGUUCUCCAGGUUUUGGAUGUAUCCUGGCUCACUCGAUGGGAUUGGGCAAAACUUUACAAAUAGUGUGUUUCUCCGACAUCUUCCUCCGACACACAUCGGCCAAAACAAUUUUGUGCAUAAUGCCCAUUAAUACCCUUCAGAACUGGAUGGCGGAAUAUAACAUGUGGGUACCGACUGAGGAAAAUGUGAAUUCCAGCCCGCUCUUAAGCCACGGGGAGGUUAGACCGAGGAAUUUCAAUCUCCAUGUAUUGAACGACAGCCACAAGACGUUGACUGCAAGGUCGAAGGUGAUAAAUGCUUGGAGGGCCCACGGUGGUGUGUUACUGAUGGGGUACGAGCAAUUCAGGCUACUUUCUUUGAAAAAGAACCCGAAAACGAGACGGAAAAACAUGGAACCACAAGACGACACUAAGAAUAAGGUUAUGUUUGAUGCUGUACAUCAAGCCCUGAUAGAUCCCGGACCGGACCUAGUUAUAUGCGACGAAGGUCAUAGAAUUAAGAACUCCCAUGCUUCGAUAUCCCAGGCUCUGAAGCAGAUGAAGACUAAAAGAAGGAUCGUGCUGACGGGAUAUCCACUGCAAAACAACCUGAUGGAGUAUUGGUGCAUGGUGGAUUUCGCCAGGCCUAAUUAUCUCGGUUCAAAGACUGAGUUUUGCAACAUGUUCGAACGUCCUAUUAUGAAUGGACAGUGCAUAGAUUCUACGGAGGCUGAUAUAAAGUUGAUGAGGUAUAGGGCACACGUUCUCCAUUCCCUUCUUGUGGGUUUCGUACAGAGAAGAUCACACAGAGUGCUCCAAACUGCUCUACCCCAAAAAGAGGAGUACGUACUCUUGGUCAGAAUGACCAACUUCCAGAGGAACCUAUACGAAACCUUCAUGAACGAAGUCGUACGUAUUCAAUCUGUGCCCAAUCCAUUGAAGGCGUUCGCUGUGUGUUGCAAAAUUUGGAACCAUCCCGACGUUCUGUACAAUUUCCUGAAAAAGAGGGCUGAAGGAUGUGCGAGAGAUAUUGAUCUUGAAGAGGUAGCUAGUGUUGCGAGUACACCAAGUGAUGCAACCGCUCCUCCAACUCCGAAAGAGAAAAAAACACCUGCAUCUAAGGGGAAAAAAUCUUCGCCUAGAGGGAGGCCCCCCGGGUCAGGAAACAAACCAGCGGCUUCCAUAACUCCAUACAGCAGUGCUGGAGAGGGUCAGAACAACGUUUCCCUGACCAACAGUAACCAAAACACCUCUACUUCGACCAACAGCAACAGCGUACCAUCAACGACGAAUCAGGGACAGAAAAAUUUCGCACCCCCUCCGCCAUUCUUCGAACAAUCGAACGCACAGUUUCCGCCGAAUUUCCAGAGCAAAUCGCAGCAAUUCCCCGCGAAUUUCCAAAACAACGCGUAUCCCGAGGACGCGAGAGGCUCGCACUUCAACGAGAACACGAACUGUAGUUUCGACAUGUCGCAGAAUCCGACCCAUAUAUCGACAGAGUCCAAUAACUUCAUGGAGGCCACCUCGCAAGACUCCAACCAGACCGAUACGAGGAGUUACCUGGAUAUCAGCAACCAGAAGGGAAAACCCGUCGAGAUAUUCGCUCAAGGGAACCAGUUCCCGCAGAAUUUCGGAAACUUGGACGUGAACAGCCAGGGCUUCAAUUUCAACCAGGCGGAUUUCCAGAACAACCAGCAGGGUUUCCAGAACAAUCAGAAUUUCCAAGGGGUCCAACAGAACUUCGGGCAGCAGGGGUGGUCCCAGAAUGAGCAGAACGAGUUCUUCAAUUCCUCAUUCGGAGGUCUGAAUUUCAACAGUAACAGCAAUUCCAAUUCCUCGUGGAUGAAGAAGGAGGAUAAAUCUGGGAUCUUGAACAGUCCAGUGAAAAGUGAACUGAGCAACGAUGCCAAACCUAAAAUAAAUAUUAUUAGCGAUAUAAAACUACCCUGUAUGUUUAAUGCGAAUCUCAAUUUGAAUUCCAACAGUAUGGAUAAGAAAAUUAAAAUAAUUAGUGAUAUUAAAAUUGAGCCCAAGAAGGAGGAAGAAGGUGAUAUUAAAGAUGUGAAAGUUGAUAUUAAGGAUGUUCUCCCUACGACUGUUACAUCGGCAUUGUCGCAGUCGUUACCGACAACCAUCAAGGAGGAGGUGAAGAAAGAAAAGGACGAAGUUAAAUUGCUGCCACCGGAAUCUCCCGUUGCCAAAAGUAAUAUUAAUAGUUUUCUCAAUUUUAAAGACAAAGAAGACUGUGGAAUUCCUUACGACUGGGCCUUGGAGUUGCUGAAGGAUUACAUCCCUGGUCAGAUAGAGAACUCGGCGAAAAUGGAAAUUCUUUUCUGCAUAAUCAAAGAAAGCAUAUCACUAGGAGAUAGAUUGUUAGUUUUCAGCCAGUCCCUCAUAACCUUAGAUUUAAUAGAGCAGUUCCUACAAGCCACCGUGGUACCAGGGGACUCCGUGCAUUGGUGCAAGAAUUCCAGCUAUUACCGUCUCGACGGUUCCACUAGCGCUCUCGAACGUGAGAAGCUGAUAAACGAGUUCAACUCCAAUCCGAAGAUCCACCUUUUCCUGGUUUCGACGAGAGCGGGUUCGUUGGGAAUCAAUCUGGUUGGUGCUAAUCGGGUAGUGGUUCUUGAUGCUUCGUGGAACCCCUGCCACGACACUCAGGCGGUGUGCAGAGUGUACCGGUACGGUCAGAGGAAACCAUGUUUCGUUUAUCGUUUGGUGGUGGAUAACUGUUUGGAAAAGAAGAUCUAUGAUAGGCAGAUCAAUAAGCAAGGAAUGUCGGAUAGAGUUGUAGACGAAUGCAAUCCUGACGCCCAUCUCACAAUAAAAGAUGUCAGCACCCUAUGCUGGGACAAUAAGUAUGACGAGGGAGAGGAGAAAGAUUGGUCACACGUGAGGGACAAUUACAUCGACGUCGUCCUUCAAAAGGUCCUGGAGAAGCACGGUAGACGACUGAACUGCGAACCGUUCCAGCACGAAUCCUUGCUGGUGGACAGGAAGGAGAAACAGCUGUCGCAGCAGGAAAAACGGUUGGCCAAAAAGAGCUACGAAAGGGAGAAGUUGGCUUCUAGGCAGCCGACUUACAGCGCCGGGGCAAUGGCUAGAGGACACAGACCAGUGGCGUCUGUAAGGCCAAUGCAGCAAGGAAAUCAAAGGCCCCCCUUUAACCAAAGACUUGUUCCAGGAAGUGAUAGGCCGUCAAGAUGGAUCCCGGCGGAGCAUUGGCAAAGGCAGGGGAUGACCGCCCAAGAAAUGACGCUACCUCUCGACGUCGUCAUACCGACGAACCAGCCGGAGAGAGGCAGCAUCGUUCUGAAGGCGGGACAGAAGGUCUUGGUCCUCAAGUCGCCCAAGGGGGUGUACAUGCAACUCGAGAGCGGUAAAAUCGUGGCCAUUAAAACGGCGAUUAAGGUGAAGGGCAAGCCGGAGGACAACGGCGAUCCGACGAAGAAGCCCCCGCUGCUGCCGCCUUCCAUAAAAAUAAGCCCGGCCCCGUCGGCCGCGCCGCAGAAGAAGGUGGUGAAGCCGUUCACCCCCGGCGUGGCCAAAAUGAAUAUAAAGAGCGUAAAGCAGACUGUACCGAACUUGGUGUCGAGCAUUCAGAGUGUCACCAAGAAGGCGCAGAUGAUGAAGACGCGCCCGUACAAAAUAGGGUCAGAAAUUGCGAAAUCCCUCAUUCAGAACCAGAAGGAGGAGGCGUUGCCGUCCAGCAGCGACGAGGAACACAUGCCUGGCACCAAGGAGAAGUUUCAUCAACGGAAGGAGGAGGCCAAGUCGAAGAAUGAGGAGUUGGAUGAAAUCGAGAAACAUAUUUCGAUGCUUAAAAGUCAGAUAUCGAUCAAGAGGACCUCGGUGCCAGCUCCGGCUUCCGCCCCGAAGGCUGAACAGAAGAAGAUGAAUCAGUCGGUCCUGGAAAAAUUGGAGAGGACGACUUCUCUGGCUCUGACGGAUAACUUGCCAUUCCAGGAUUCCUUGGAAAGUAUAACGAACAACAGCUUCAAAGACGACAACAUGGACGAUGAGGCAGAAUCCGCCUCCUCCUCCACAGACAUGAACAAACAAGUCCCAAGUGAUGUUAGCGAUCACAGCGAUGAAGUGACCUACAUUUCCGAACAACCACCUCAAUACCCUUUGCAAAAUCAGCAGCAAGCAACUGUCGAACCGAAAAUCGAACAAACCCAGCAAGAUUAUCCUUAUAACUAUUACAAUUAUCAACCAUAUCCCCCACCGCAAGGUUAUACUUAUCCUCAGCCUCAACCCUAUGAAAUGAUCGGGGGUUAUCCUGCCCAACAGCCUCCGCCACAACCACAGUACAACUAUACUUAUCAAGGCUACCCACCACCUCCACAACAGUAUCACGCCCCACCACCACAACCGCCAAACUACGAGUAUAACGCGCCCCCUGUGCCCCCACCGCAACCGAUCUACCCACCUUACAAUCCUUACCCUCAACAAUACCCUCCCCCGGUUCCUCCUCAUCAGGGCAUUUACGCUCCGGCACAAAUUCCUCCAGCUGCCCCUUCCUACCCCGAUUAUCAGUAUCAGCAAAUGGGUAACCCCCAAUCCCAGACCCAAACCAAUCAAACGUCUCUUCCUGCCACAUCUAACCAGGCCCCUCAAACGUAUUAUCCUAACUCAUAAAGUGUCAUUUAGUGCAAUCGUAUUGUUUUAUUUAUUCGUUGUUAUGAAUGUAUACUCCUGCAUUAGAUCCUAUCUUCACAUCACCUCUAAUGAAUUGCAUUCCAUUUUACGAUUGGGGAUUCAAGAAUCACAGUAAGAUAAAAUUAUUGUCUGUUAGGAUUCGAAAAAUAUAUGGAGUAGUACAUGAUCAUAAAAUUGAUGUACAUGUUGAAACAGUUCAAAUUCGAUAGGCUGUUUUGUGAUAACUCGAAAAUAUUUCUCUUCUUUAGGAUUCUGAAAGGACUGCCGUCAAGCAAAAAUUUCUGUAAUUAUGUACAUUUAGUUUUAAAUUCGAGAUUGAACAUUGACAAAAUGAACUCUGUUCGAGUUUUGGGAAUAACUGAAAAUGAUUUUAUAAAAAUUUUUGGUAUAAAAUUUUUUCAAGAGAAAUUUCCUUGGUUUGUUUGACCGAUUAAUUGUAUUGUUGAAAUUUAUUUUUUUUAGAUAGAUUAGAUAUAGAUUUAGGUAGGAGAAACAUUGAUUUGCUUAUUACACAUACCUAUACAUGUUUAAAUAAAUGUAAUUGUAAAAGUGAAUUCUUAUCUUGUAACAAGAUAUUUCAUUAGAACUGAUUUCUCCAGUAAGAGCAUAUUUAACACUUAUAAAACUGUAUAAUUUUUAUUUGCAUUUAUUUAAAAUUAUAUUUUACAGUGUAUUUAAACUGUCAAUAUUAAAUCAUUUCAUCUCUGUCCUGGCAACUUACUGAGCAAUGCGAAAAUUAUUUUGAAGAGUUUUCAAUAAAAAUCUCAUAAUUU